UGGGGGGGGGGGGUUGGAAAUAGUGAGAGUGCAAGCUAGGUGCGGAAGCUGGGGGUUAUCAGAGAGGGGGACACAGAGUUAAAGCAAUGUGUGAGUUACGUGGUCCCCGUUGUUAAACUCUGAAUGGUAUUUCUACUGGCAGCCAUAUCCAUGGUAAUUGUACACGAUCACCAAAUAUUACGUCUGUUUUAUGUCACUUCAAACUCAUAAACCGGGAGAACAUUCAAUCUCCUGCCGAUUCGCGUAAAAACAAACACUGGAGAAGGAAUUCCAUCUCUGGAGAACUGCAGUGAAGGUUAAGUGCUUUGCAUUCAUUUCUUUUCCUUACGGAAACCAGUUAGUAAUCAAUUAAUUUACGCAUAACUUGGCCGCUGCUGGGAAUAAGCAGAAUCAAUUUCAUAAAGCAAGAAGAGUGAAAUAACGAGGAACAGCUCAGGGCCAUACUUUCGGUACCAGGAGCGGACCAUGAGUGAGCAACACAACUGCCACCACUGCAAGAAGUCACUGCAGGGACACAAGUUCAUUGAGAAGGACAAGUUGCUCUGCUGUGUCAGCUGUUAUGAUAAAUUCAUCGCCAACACCUGUGCCGAAUGCAGGAAGCCUAUUGGCUGUGGCUCCAAGGAACUUCAUCAUGAGAACAAAUACUGGCACGAAGACUGCUUCCGCUGUUACCACUGCAGUCGCUCCCUCGUCAACGAUUCAUUCAGCAUCAAGAACGAGCGGAUCACCUGCACCAAGUGUCUGCCCCGGACCGACGCGUCCACCUGUCAAAGCUGCAAGCGGGCCAUCAAACCGGGGACGAAGAGCUUUGAGUACGGCGGCUCCCACUGGCACGAACGCUGCUUCACUUGUCAGCGAUGCCUGAAGGAGAUCGGUACCGGCAGCUUCGUCCCGAGGGGUGACCAGAUUUUCUGCGUCUCCUGCAACGAGAAGAAGUUCUCCAAACACUGCACCCACUGCAGGAAGCCCAUCACUAGUGGGGGUGUGAGCUACCGUGACGAGCCAUGGCAUACCGAGUGCUUCGUCUGCAAGACGUGUCGGAAGCAGCUGAGUGGAAUCCAGUUCACUGGCCACGAGAACUUCCUGUACUGCGUGGACUGUUACAGCCAAUUCAUCGCCAAGAAAUGUGGCACUUGCCACAAACCGGUCACCGGGUUUGGCGGAGCUGAGAUCGUAACCUCUGAAGGUCAUCAGUGGCACAAGGAGUGCUUCAAGUGUAAGAGAUGUUACAGCAACCUGGUCAACCAGCGGUUUGUCACUCGUAAUAGGGAGGUCUACUGUACUGACUGUGGCAAAAACCUGUAAAGGUGGAGAUGGUGUGCGGAAACUUCAACAAAUGUUUGAGAAACAAAUGCAGUCUAUAUUAGUACAGUUAUAAGCAAAAGUUAGCUAAUCAAAUGCAUCAACGGUGACAAAAUAGCACCUAUCGGGAAUUAUAUCCAAUAUUAGAUGCACUUUGUGUUUUCUGCAGUGCUAAAUAUUAUCCACAGGUAGAAGCAGCAAUGAGAAAUUUGACAGAAUGUCAUAUAAAGUUCUAGAUGCUUGCAAUAUUUAAUCAUACAUCUUUCUAGAUGACCUAAUGACAUUAAAUGCUGGAAGUAUAAACAGUGAAAUACCAUUUACUCAACAUGUUACUGUAGUGUUUAACUGCAUGCAAUAUCUGAAGUUUCUUCAACGUCUUGGCUCGAGUGAAGUGUGGUGCAUCAAGAAGCAAACUGAAUUGGUAUCAUGUAUGUUAGCAGAAAAUAUUCGGCUUGUGUGAUAGUUGCACUGUACUAUCACCACACACCAAUUAUAGCACAGAAAUUAUAUAAACACACCAAUAUUCAGCUUUUGAAUUCAGUUUUGCCUCUAUUCACUUAUUCAGUCACUUGUAAUAUUCUAACUACUGACAUUACAGUUGAGUGCCUUUGAAAUAACACCUGUCAUGCAAAAGUGCAUGUUAAUUAUAUAUACUAUGUGUGACCUGUUGGCAUGCAAGAUCACAGUCCAAUGUACUAGAUUAUUUGGAGCAUAAAAUAUUACCUUUUAAUAAAGUAUUAUAUCUGCAAGUGGC